GGUUUUUUGUUCUUUAUGAUUUGUGGAGGGAAGAGAAAUGAACACUAACUAAUUGUCCGUUUGAUCUGUUAUUGAUUUUUGUUUUUAGCUCAGCUUAAAGUCAUUAUAUUUGCUGAUUAUGUUCAUUUAUUGUCUCUUGUUGAUGUGGUAUUGGUUCAUGGAGGAUAAGAAAGUAUAAUCUCAAGAUUUUGAAUCAGCUUAAAGUGAUUAACUUUGCUGUUUCUCUUCAAUUUUGUUGGCCCUAUGUUCUGUUUUUUUUUUCUUGAAAAUUUUAAAGCAAAAGGUAUGAUUUUUUUUCAUGGAGGAUAAGAAGGUUCAAUCUUAUGAUUGUGACUUUGUUAUGAUCUAAGAAUCGUUUCUAUUCACUGGUCAAGCUAUUUUCUAUUCGAUUUGGUUGUCUGUAAGAUUCUUGUUCCUUCAGGAGGGUGUCAAUUUUGAUGAUAAGGGGUUGAUUGAUUGAAUGAUAAAAUGUGCUCAUAAUGACUCUAAUCCUUUGAUUGUCUCUGUGGUUUACCAAAAGCCAUAUUGCUUUUUUUUUAGUUCUUUUCCCAAUUGGGACGUUUCCCAGUUGCUUGCAUUUGAUUCCAAUAUCUUAUUUUGUGGUCCACUAUUUUGAUUUUGAUGCAUCUGUCAUUUCCAUGAUAGCUUCCUGGCUGAAACAAGUUUUUGUUUUGGAUAAGAAUCUAAGCAUUUUCUUCUUGUUCCUUUCUAGUCUUUCCUCUUGUGUUAAUAUUUGUUAAAGUAAAUAGCUUAGAUUUUUCUUUUAUGAUCCAACACAAAACCAAAAGUGAAGAAUAUUCUUUGAGAAUGUUUUUUUUUUGAAAGGAAGAAAAAAUCAAUUAUGGCAAGGGAAUUAAUCAACAGUUCUUUAGAUUCAUUUUGUGUGUAUAUAAGUUACUGAUAGACAGGAACCGAUGAACAACCCUGUACCUUGUCAAGUGUUUCCUCUGGCUUCUGGUGGCACUUCUUCUGGAUACUGCAAUGGCACGUACGUUUCAGCUCAAGAAAGAAGCUCCUCCCAGACCAGACAAUCCGUGGAAACGCAAUCAUUGCCGGUGACUAAUCAACCUCAAGAGCAGAGAGAUAUGAGCUGGCCUGAGGACCAGCUUCAGGGGUUCUUUGACUUUCCUCCACAAGGAGAGAGCAGCAGCAGAGCUAAAAGUGAAUGGCCAGACUGGGCCAAUCAGAUGAUCUCUGUCGAUGAUGGUCUGGAACCUAAUUGGUCGGAGCUUCUAGGUGAUCCUAAUGUCCUCAACCAAGAUUCAAAGAUACCAACACCCUCUUGUGAUAUAGCUAGGCAAGAGAUAGUAGUCAGUACUCAGCAUCAGGUGGAUUCAUCGAGUGCCAAAAGCCCACAAGCUAGUUCAAUGACGUCUAAGCAACGAAUGCGUUGGACACCUGAACUCCAUGAAGCGUUUGUUGAUGCUAUCAAUCAGCUCGGCGGUAGUGAACGAGCCACACCUAAGGCUGUACUGAAGCUCAUCAAUAGCCCGGGGCUGACUAUUUACCAUGUCAAAAGCCAUUUGCAGAAAUACAGAACGGCUAGGUAUAAACCGGAGAUUUCAAUAGAUACAGAAAAACCUCCACUGAAGACUUUGAAGACCAUUGAAGAUAUCAAAUCUCUUGACUUGAAGACGAGCAUUGAGAUCACUGAAGCUCUACGGUUACAGAUGGAAGUUCAGAAAAAACUCCAUGAGCAACUUGAGGUCCAAAGAACGUUACAGUUACAAAUUGAGGAACAAGGUCGGUAUCUCCAGAUGAUGAUUGAGAAACAACAACAGAAGAUGCAAGAGAAGAAAAUUGGUUCUUCUUCUGGCACAUCAUCAAUGCCAGAAGCUGACACUUCUUCAGCUCCAUCACCAAACCUUUCACAAGCAUCAGUAACUGAGAGACUGCAGAGUGGUGGUUCUAGCACAUUGGAUCAGAGCGGAUAUCCUUCUGGGGCUACUAAGAAACGAGUUAGAGAAGAUUAAAGACAUAUCCUGGCUGCAGAAAUUGGAAGUUAUGACACUGACCUAGUGACUUUGGACUUGAACUUUCUUUUUGUAUAGGAGACAUGUUUCUCUUGGAACUAAAGUUAGGUUUUGUAAUUGCAUUUACAAAAACGUGUUCAUUGCU